CCUCUUAAUUUUGGUUUGCGGUAAGGAUUUUUUUAUUACUUCCACUGAUUAGGUAUCAAGAAAAACUUCCACGUGUCUGGUUUAUUUUAUAUGAUAACGACUUAGCACUUGACCUAAGUUGAAACUUAAACUUAUAAAUAGCUAUAACCUACUAAAUGUUUACUUUCAAUUAUCAUUUCAAUUCGUAACCAUGCGACCGAAAAGUGCGCUUGUGUUCGUUCAGAUCUUGCUGUUUACUGCUUUGGCUGCAUCGAAAAAUCACUGUGAAGAUGAUCUCAUGGUUCUCAAGAAAAACUCAUUCGCAUAUUCCAAGUGGCAGCGGCCUAUGGAGCGUCGGUUGAUGAAGGUGUAUCUCUUCAACUACACCAACUGGGAACGAGUCAGAGACGGUCUGGACACCAAGUUUGACAUUGAAGAAGUUGGGCCAUACGUCUACUCGCAACAACUAGAAAGAGUGAAUGUCACGUGGGAGGGGGACUUAUUAACGUAUCAAGAACACAGCAACUUCACGUUCCUCCCCGAAGCCAGCGCGGGCGCUCAUUCCGAUAAAGUGUUUGUGCCUAAUGUACCAUUAUUGGAUGUAUCUUCAAAUGUUGCAAACUCGAACUAUUUUACCCAGGUGGCCAUGAGGCUUCUUUUAAGCAUGGUAGCAAAUGACACGGAAACUUUUUUACAGCUGACAGUGGAAAGAUUUCUUUGGGGAUACGAAGACGAAUUAGUUAAAACAAUAAAGCCCUUUUUGGAUAUAAAAGGUUACAACUUUACAAAUUUUGGCCUUUUAGUGACAAAAAAUGGUACGUCUUCUAACAUUUUAACAAUAAACACGGGAGAAAACGACAUCAACAAAAUAAAUACUAUAGAGAAAUUGAAUGGCCAUAAAGCCCUAUCUUUUUGGGACAACCCCGAGUGCAAUUCCAUAGAGUCGUCCGAUGGCUCUGCAUUCCCGCCACUGAGCCUGGACAAAAAUCAAACUUUGAAAGUCUUCUCUUCGGGCCUGUGCAGAAGAUUACCCUUCAAAUACGCCAAGGAUGUUGAAAUGGGUGACGGUGUGAAGCUCCUUCGGUAUGAGUUGGCGCGCGACGUGUUCGACGACCCUGCACACAACCCCGACAACCAGUGCUAUUGCAACAUCGACACCGGCGACUGUCCACCACGCGGCGUAUUCAACGUCACUCAUUGUUCCACGAGUAGAUUCCUUACUGAAGGUCCAGCGGUGGCUUCGUUCCCGCACUUCCACCUCGGCGACCCAGCCCUGCGCGAGCGGUUCACCGGCCUCCACCCUGACUCCGAACAGCACCAGUCGUACCUCGACAUACACCCUACGCUUGGCAUUGCUGUGAGAGGAAAAUCUACCUUGCAACUGAACAUUCAAGUGAAGAAACUGGAGAAUUUCGGCCCUGUCCAAUACUUUCCACAAGGACUUAUACUGCCCGUCGCUUGGAUUGAAAUGUCCGUUGAAGAGCUCCCAGAAAACCUACAAACUCUCGAGAACUUGAACAAAUUAUUGACCGAAAAAAUGAGUUGGCCGUUUUCAAUAGUAGCUCACUAACUACAUACCAAGCUGUAUAACCUUGGUUAUGGUGGUGAGACUAAAUAUGUAAAAAUUACUUAAGUAUAUAACAAACGCUCAUACAAUGUG